AUGUCUGUGGCGCCACGCUCUGGAGGUCAUUCUCGUUCAUCAAUAAAGCCGCCGGCAUCAUCCAAUACCGAAGGCUGCUCUCGUGCUACCAAAUCUUCGCUCCAUCCUCAAAUCCCAAGCGGGACGCGGCCAUCGAGUGAUGAGAAUGAUUUAUCAACUUCCCCUCCAAGACCCUCGCUUGCUCAGACGUCCUCCCUAACAUACGCUCGGGACCUUGGUCAAUCUUGUACGCCAAAGACAUCAAAGACACCAAAGAAACGCACUUCAAGCGAUAUCGAGGACGAUUAUAAGCGGGACAAGAAAAAAGCGAAGCUUCUGCCGCCAGAUGAGCAGAAAACCUUCAAGAAAUCUCUACAUCGCGUGAAGCGUGCAGAAAUUGCCUCGCUCAUUGACACCCCGAGUUGA